AUGGGGAAGGUGCUCAGGAUGGGGGCCCAGGAGAGGCGGUUACUGCGACCCAAGCGGCUUCAAUGGAGUCGUUUCCUCUUCCUGUUAGGAAUGUUGAUCAUCGGCUCUACCUAUCAGCACCUGAGGAGACCCCGGGGCCUUUCCUCACUGUGCACAGAGGUCUCUUCCCAACAGUCUAUAAAAUUGGCCAGCCGGGACCUGUCCAGCGAUGAGAUGGUAGUGAACGAUCAUCCUCUGAAAGCUAGCUCAGAAAUGGAGGGGGAGACACUGGCACCCCAAGCCACAGACACCACUGAUGAAGCAGCUCCUAGCAGAACCAUGGACAGCCCUCCUAGUACACCCAGAACCACCAACAAGAUCACUCCACCAGCACCAAAGAAUAAUUACAGCCCAACAGCCACACGCACAGAAAGAGCGAGGGAAAACCCCCUACCCACACCUACUGGAGUACUAAAUCACAACACCCCAACUUCAAGUGGACAAAUGGGAAGCUAUGACACCCCAACACCCAAGGGAGAAAGGAAGAGCAGCAGCCCAACACAAGCCAGGGGAAAGGAAAAGAAAUACACCCCAUCCCCUUCUGGGGAAAUGGAUACUUACGUACCUUCCAUAUCCAUGGCCACGGAAAUAAGCCACGUGACCAGGGCAACAGAGGAAGACAGUGCACCUUGGAGAGCCAAUAAGAUACUGGAGACCAGCUCUUCCAAGAGAAUUCUGCAAGACACCCCUGCAGCCACUCCCAAGCAAAUAGUUCCGAGCACCCCAACUCUCCUGACACCUGAGGUGGUAGAAACAAGCACCUUAACUUCUCCAAGGAGUAGCGUGGAAAUGAACACCCUGACCAGCUCUGAAAGGCUGGAAGGUAAUCACAACCCAGUCAGUUUCUGGAGGGCAAUGGGGAAAAACCUCCAGACAACUCCCCAGGGGGCAAUCCUGGACCACCCCUCAGCUCUCUCUGAGGGACGAGUGACCCUCAACACCAUGACAGGCAACAUCCUGGCAAAAAUCAAAGCAUCUUCUGCUCCCCAGAAUACAAGGAGACCCGCACCUGAGACCAGUGUAUCCCCUAUUAGAACACCCUCAGCCACCACCUGGGAACUGACCAACCACCCUUCCACAGCACCCAGCACCCCAGGAGCCCCCAAAGUCAAAGCAAAUCCAACCACUCAAGUCAGUCACUGUGUGUUUGUGGAGCCAGCCCCAGCACUGCCCAUCGCCCCCUCCCCAAGCCUCACAACAGCCAUGCUCCCAGAAGCGCCUAGCCCCUCGGUGCUGCUGCCCAGUUGGCCUGAGCUUCAUCCCAAGGCAGAGUACCCUCCAGAUCUGUUUAGCGUGGAGGAGCGGCAACAGGGCUGGGUAGCUCUGCAUAUCUUUGGCAUGAUGUACGUGUUUGUAGCCUUGGCUAUUGUAUGCGACGAAUAUUUUGUCCCAGCCCUGGGUGUGAUCACAGACAAACUCCAGAUCUCUGAGGAUGUGGCAGGUGCUACGUUCAUGGCUGCAGGAGGCUCGGCCCCUGAGCUCUUCACCUCCCUCAUUGGCGUCUUCAUUUCCCAUAGCAACGUGGGCAUCGGAACCAUUGUGGGCUCGGCUGUGUUCAACAUCCUCUUUGUCAUUGGCACCUGUGCCCUGUUCUCCCGAGAGAUCCUCAACCUCACCUGGUGGCCCUUAUUCCGUGAUGUGUCCUUCUACAUCCUGGAUCUCUCCAUGCUCAUCAUCUUCUUCUUGGACAGCCUCAUUGCCUGGUGGGAGAGCCUGCUGCUGCUGCUGGCCUAUGCCCUCUAUGUGUUCACAAUGAAGUGGAACAAGCAGAUUGAGCUCUGGGUGAAAGAGCAGCUCAGCAGGAGGCCCGUGGCCAAGGUCAUGGCUUUGGGGGACUUCAGCAAGCCCAGUGAUGGAGUGGUGACGGAACAACAGCAGGACAACAAGAAGCUGAAGCUCCCGUCCAUGCUGAUCCGAGGGAGCAGCUCAGCCUCUCUGCACAACAGCAUCAUCCGCAGCACCAUCUUCCACCUCAUGAUCCACAGCCUGGACCCCCUGGGGGAAGCCCGAGCCUCCAAGGACAAGCAGGAGAGCUUGAACCAGGAGGCCAGAGCCCAGCCCCAGGCCAAGGCAGAAUGCAAACCAGAAGAGGAGGAGCCAGCCGAGCUCCCUGCCGUCAAGGUCAUUCCAGCCCCUGCUCCAGACGUCAAGGGAGAUCAGGAGGAAGAUCCUGACAGUCAGGAAGGUGUGCCUGGAGCAGACAGCAAAAGAGAAGUGACAGGUGAAGAGGAUGAACCUGAAGGGGAAGCUGAGGCAGGAGGAGAUGAACCUGAAGGGGAAGCUGAGGCAAAAGGAAAAGGAGAUGAAAAUGAAGGGGAAACUGAGGCAGGAGGAGAUGAACCUGAAGGGGAAGCUGAGGCAAAAGGAAAAGGAGAUGAAAAUGAAGGGGAAACUGAGGCAGAAGAUGCCCAUCAUGGGGAAAUGGAGGCAGGAGGAGAUGAGCAUGAAGGGGAGACUGAGGCAAGAGGAGAUGAACACAAAGGGGAAGCUGAGGCAGGAGAGAAAGGAGACGAACAUGACGGGGAAACUGAAGAAGGAAAGGGAGGUGAACACGAAGGGGAAACUGAGGCAGGAGGGAAAGGAGACGAACAUGAAGGGGAAAGUGAGGCAGGAGUAAAAGAUGAACACGAAGGGGGAAGUGAAGCAGAAGGAAAAGCAGAUGAACAUGAAGGAGAAAUCCAAGCAGGGGACGGUGAAAUACAAAGUGAAGAAGGGGAAACUGAACUCCAGGGAACUGAUGCCGGGGAUCAAGGUGAAGCGACCAGCGGGGAGGAGAAGGGUGCAGAUGGUGAAGGGGGAAGCGAUGGAGGGGAGAGUGAAGAAGAGGAGGAGGAAGAUGAAGAGGACGAUGAAGAGGAGGAAGAGGAGGAGGAAGAGGAGGAGAGAGAUGAGGAGCCUCUGUCCCUGGAAUGGCCUGCCACCAGGCAGAAGCAAGCCAUUUACCUCUUCCUCCUGCCCAUUGUGUUCCCACUGUGGCUGACAAUACCUGAUGUCCGCAGGGAGGAAUCCAGGAAGUUUUUUGUUAUCACCUUCCUGGGAUCCAUCAUUUGGAUAGCCAUGUUCUCAUACCUCAUGGUGUGGUGGGCUCACCAGGUUGGUGAAACCAUAGGUAUUUCUGAAGAGAUUAUGGGUUUGACAAUCCUAGCAGCAGGCACAUCGAUUCCUGACCUCAUCACAAGUGUGAUCGUUGCUCGGAAAGGCCUGGGAGACAUGGCUGUGUCAAGCUCGGUGGGCAGUAACAUAUUUGACAUCACUGUGGGCUUGCCUGUUCCCUGGCUGCUUUUCUCUCUUAUCAAUGGAUUACAGCCUGUUCCAGUCAGCAGCAAUGGCCUGUUCUGUGCAAUUGUCUUGCUGUUUCUCAUGCUCCUGUUUGUGAUAUCUUCAAUUGCAUCAUGCAAGUGGAGAAUGAACAAGAUCCUGGGCUUCACCAUGUUCCUUCUUUAUUUUAUAUUCCUGAUCAUCAGCGUGCUGCUGGAAGACCGAAUCAUAUCCUGUCCUGUAUCUGUCUGA